UUUUUUAUAAAUAUUAUAAUACAUAUAACAAAAUUGAUAUCAACAAAUAAAGCAGCUGCAGGAACAGGAUCCUACUAAUCUAUACUUAGCAAAUUUACCACCACGGUACAAUGAAGCUGAUCUUGAGAGUUUGCUCAUGACAUAUGGUCAAGUAAUUUCUACACGUGUAUUACGUGAUUCACUUAGAAACUCAAGGGGUGUUGGAUUUGCUCGUUUACAAACACGUGAGGAGUGCGAACGUAUAAUAGAAGCAUUUAAGGGGUGCACUUUGCCUGGCGCAAAUGAUGCCCUUCUCAUUAAAUAUGCCGAUGGUGGGCCCAAGAAGAAGCAGCCAUUUAAGCCAAUGGAUAUUAAUGAUCGUGCUUGGCGCAUUAGCUCCGCUGAAGGUAUACCUGUUACCUAUGAUCCGGCAAUGCAACAAAAUGGUGUUGGAGUUAAUGUUGGCACUCCAAUUGGUGUCUCAUAUUCACGUUUCGGUGCAUCACAAGUUGGUGGUUAUUCAAUGGCAGGUUCUCCAUGGAUACAAGGUUAUAUGAUGCCACAAGCUAUCACACCAGACGAGCAGUAUAUACAGAUGGCCGCUGCCUCUCAGUUGGGAGUAGCUUCCUAUAAACCAGAUGCCAUUAAUCAAUUGCCACCACGUGGCAUGAUGAUGGUUAGCGGCGAUACUGCAAUGCCAUAUGGCGCAAUGAUGCCACAAAUCGCAACCUUGCAACCGGUUGGCAAUCCAUAUAUUAAUACGACUUAUCCAUAUUAUGUAUCACCAACAAUUAUUCCGGCAAUGCCAAUGACAGAUUCUGAACAGGCCAGCACAGCUGCGUCACCCGACGAGGCAUAUAUACAGUAUUCACACCCAGCCGUUGCUCCCUAAUAGCUUUGUGCGAGUUGGGUACAAAUUAAGGUAGAAAUGCAGCGUUCCUUCCCUGAUUGUGCACAAUCUUUUGAUGUUAGUCUAAUAAAAAA